AUGAUUCGGCCAUCUGUAACAAAUAUUGCAACAACGUUAUUUGCUAUUUAUAUAGCACAUUCAAUGCAUUGGAUCUAUUCACUUUUCCAUCCUUCAACAUGUAACGAUGCUGAUAGUAAAAACUGUUUAAUACCCAUGAUUCAACGUAAUAAAGAAACUCUUGAAUGGCCUGUACUUCAACUGCGAAUUUAUGCUUCGACAAAUUCUCGCCCCCAACGGAAUUAUGGAAGUAUAGUCGACCAAAUUGCAUUUCUUGACAUUGAUGAAACCAUGGAACGUGAGGUUGAUGUUCAUUUGCCCGAGCAUGCUCGAAACAACGGUUCAUUAUAUUUACAUUGUUUUUUGUUACCGACUGAACACAAAGAAAGCGAUCCUUACGCGGCAAGCUGGCAAAUAGUAAAGUCGGUUAAAAUGACUAGCUACAAGGUACCUAAAGCUCACUCGUUCAAACUAAUCGGUCAGGAAAAAAUUGAAGAAGGACCAGGGAAAUCACGAUCAAUAAAGGAAUUGCAUGAAAAAAGUAUAAAUGUACUCCAUUUUCGCUCUAUAUUGCCAUUGACGAUAGUCGCCGAAUCACCGAAAUUUGAUGUUAAAACUAUUCCAGCGGAAAUUUAUCAUAUGCUCGAUUUUUUUUAUGAAGGUGAUCAAAUUUAUUACUGGCCAUUGUUUUAUAUCGAUGAAUUGAGUUUUCGAAGUCGCGAUCUUGUGCAGAUAAAACCUGAAAACAAAUCUAUGAGGUUAAAAAUUCAUUAUCGACCAUUGUCCAUUGGAAAGUUUCGCUUGUUAGUUUCUGCAGUAAUGUCACUUAAUCAAUUGCGUCAAAUGGGCUUCAGCGAUAAAGAUGUAGAUGAGGUUAAAGGAAUCUUCAUUGACACAAGCUUUUAUUUUCUGACCCUUACGGUGUUUGUUUCCGCUUUGCAUAUUCUUCUUGAUAUACUGGCUUUCAAAAAUGACAUAAAUUUCUGGAUGAAUCAUAAAACAAUGGUGGGAUUGUCUAGUAGAACAUUGCUGUGGCGAUGCUUCAGUCAGUCGGUCAUAUUUUUAUAUUUAUUUGAUGAAGAAACUAGUCUUUUGGUACUUAUUCCAACUGGGAUAGGUUGUAUUAUUGAGUAUUGGAAAGUAACAAAAGCGUUAAAGAUGAAUAUAAUCGUGAACCACGGAAUUCCUUGCAUUCAUAUAGGAAAAUCAAGUGAUGAAGAAAUUGUAACUGAGUCAUUCGAUGCGGAAGCGAUGAAAUAUUUGGCUAUUUUCAUAAUACCGCUUUGUAUUGGUGGAGCUGUUUAUAGCUUAGCCUUUAUCCCUUAUAAAUCGUGGUACAGCUGGUGCAUCCAGUGCGCUGCAAAUGGCGUAUAUGCCUUCGGUUUUCUUUUCAUGUUACCACAAUUAUUUGUUAAUUAUCGACUGAAGUCUGUCGCUCAUCUUCCGUGGAGAGCAUUCAUGUAUAAGGCAUUUAAUACAUUUAUUGAUGAUUUGUUCGCUUUUAUAAUAACAAUGCCUAUAUCUCAUCGUGUUGCUUGCUUCCGAGAUGAUAUUGUUUUUAUCAUAUAUCUAUACCAAAGAUAUCUUUAUCCGGUUGAUAAGUCUCGAAUCAAUGAGUUUGGUGAGAGUUUUGAGGAAAAAAAUUUUUCGAAGAUAAACAAAAUCAUAAAGAAUGAAUAA